AGUUUAUCAAUCUGAAAAAUAUUAGGAAUUUGGUAUUAUUGGAUUGACCUUUAGGAUUUUGAGCUGGAAUCUUUCUUGUUUAGAUUCAAGAAUGGCGAAAGUGAGACAUUCUCGAUUCACAGCGAAGAAAAGGUUGACAGUAACACUUGUAUUAUCGAUCUUGUUUAUGUUAACAAUCGUUUUGUUGAUGCUUUUGGGAUUAGGGAUUUUCUCCCUCCCAAUGACCACCGACGAUUCUUCGUCCUAUGAUCUCACUUCUUAUAGACGCAUGGCUUCUGAAAGAGGAAGAUUGGGAAACAGAAGGGAGAAGUGGACUGAAGUCCUUUCUUGGGAACCUAGAGCUUCCAUUUAUCAUAAUUUCUUGUCCAAAGAAGAAUGCGAGUACCUAAUAAAAAUUGCUAAACCUUUCAUGAAAAAGUCCAGUGUUGUUGAUAGCAAAACAGGGAAGAGUAAAGAUAGCAGGGUGCGUACAAGUUCGGGUAUGUUUCUGAAAAGAGGGCAAGAUAAAAUUAUUAGUGAUAUAGAAAAAAGGAUAGCAGAGUACAGUUUCAUUCCUAUAGAGCAUGGAGAAGGUCUUCAAGUUCUCCAUUAUGAAGUUGGACAGAAAUAUGAACCACAUUUUGAUUACUUCGUUGAUGAGUACAAUACUAGACAUGGAGGCCAGCGUUUGGCUACUAUGCUCAUGUAUUUGUCAGAUGUUGAAGAAGGGGGGGAGACAAUAUUUCCAAAUGCCAAGGGCAAUAUUAGCGCUGUUCCAUGGUGGGAUGCAUUGUCCAAAUGUGGCAAAGGUGGUCUUGCUGUGAAGCCUAAGAUGGGUGAUGCAUUGCUGUUCUGGAGCAUGAAACCGGAUGCCACAGUAGAUCCUUCAAGUUUGCAUGGUGGGUGCCCGGUGAUUGUGGGGGACAAAUGGUCCUCUACCAAGUGGAUGCAUGUUAAUGAGUACAAGAAAUGACACCUGGCUACACACGUCAUAGCGGUAUAGUACUGAUAAAAGUGCGAUUCAGAUUCAUGUAACUCUUUACACUGAGGUCCAUUAUUCUUUAAUUUUAUGUAUCUUUUGACCUAAUUUAUAUACAGAUUCAUAUUUGUUUUGGGUGUUUCCCCAUGGUAAUAGUGAGAAAAUGUAGGAGAUAGGAAGAUGGGUGGCGGCCUCUAGAAAUUUAGAAAUUACAUUAUGAAUGAAUACAUCUCAUUACCCAAGGUGGUUUUCUCU